CAAUCUAGAUAUGAAAUGGAACUUUAUUUUCAAGAUGCAUUAAAAAAUUAUUCAAAAAGAAUUUAAUAAUAAAUUUAUUUUUUAGAAGUUCACGUUACGAUAUAUAAAUAAUAAUUUGAAUUCGAUACUGGUAGAGUAAAUAUUUAGCAUGCUUACUAGCCCAAGUGAUUAUAUGCUUUUAUACGACCGAGUAAGAAUUGAUGAAAUUAAAAAAUACCAUGUUCCAUGCAUGGCUAUCAAAGCUGCCAUACCGAAUCUCAGCAAAGCAUACAAACCAAAUCCUAAUUUUUGGAAAGAAAAGACACCCAUAAUUGUUGACUACAAUGAUGCAGCUCACCGAUGUGCGUACUUACAUAAAUAUGCCCCCCUGCAUGCAUGUUUGGUUCAAGAUAUGCUUAAUCGAGCUUUGAGAGAAGGAGAAGAUAUUAUAAAGAGCGUGAUUAAUAAUAAUUUGUGUUUCUUUAAUCUAUGUAGUCUAGGUGGUGGACCAGGUAUAGAUGUCAUAGGAGUUUUAUCUUGUUUGUACAAAGAGUUCGGACCAUUCAAAUGCUCUGCUCAAGUUAUUGAAUCUAUGAUUGGUUGGGAGAAUACGUAUGACUCCGUUCUAGAAUGCUUACGACAGCUAAACUAUAGAACUAAUACCUUUCGAACCUCUUUCGUUAGCGCAAAUUUGCUCGAAAAAAUGGAUGCGGAAGUGGAAAGAGCAAUAAGAUCAGCUAAUUUGAUAACCAUGGUGAAAUUUGUGUCUGGUGCAGUUUGUAAAGAUACUGAUCAGAUGGUUCGAAAUAUAUUCAACGCUAUGGAGCCUGGUGCACUUUUACUUUUCAUUGAUAAUGCUGCCGGAGGAUUUAGUCAGUCAGUAUCACGAAUAUCGAAAAGAUGCCAACUUCGUUCAGUUUUUGGACCUUUGGAACACGAACUUUAUUAUGAUGAGAUAUUUAACGUAACAAGAUACCGUCACCAAAGUUGUCACAAGAUUAAAGUGACUGUACAUAUGCUUAUGAAGCCUUAUGCAUCGUCAACAAAAAAAGAAAUUUUAUUAUCUUCUAGAAGUAUUGACAAUUUAUCACAAUAUUCUUCUUCUAAGAUGCCAGUCAGUUGCAAAAAACAGAUAACAAAUGAGGACAUAAGAAAUUUAGAAGAACAAUAUGAGUAUAGUGAUAAGGAAUUUAGUGAUAGUUCUGACAGUUUGAACUCUUUUUAUUCCUCUAACUCAGAAGAAUUUGUUACUUACUACUCCGAAGAUGAUUUGGAUGACUUUGAGAAUGAGAGUUUGGGUUAUCUACCUCCAGUCAAUCAAGAAAAACUAGAUUAUCAUGACAGUUUGAACUCUUUUUAUUCCUCGAACUCAGAAAAAUUUGCUACUUAUUACUCCGAAGAUAAUUUGGAUGGCUUUGAGAAUGAGAGUUUGGAUUAUCUAACUCCAGUUAGUCACGAAAAACUGGAUUAUUAUGAAAACAAAUUAUCGUCAUCAGCUGAUUUAAUGUAUUUUUCCUCUAAUGAUUCUGAUGCAAUUCAAACAUAUUUAAAUCAUUUACAACCCAUAUAUAAAUUCAUAGAAAAUAGUUUCAGUCGUGAAAAAAAUGCUACAUCAAAUUAUCCAUAUGAAAUAGGAUGGCCAACAUUAAAAAACCAAUAUUCUUCACACCUAUUUGGUUGUGAUGAUCGGACAAGGAGAAACGUUAUUAAAAAGCCUUCGAUUCCAGAAAUAUCUAUUUUCCCGUAUUGGUCUAUUAUAUCAUGUUUACAAAUGUUUAUCCCAAGCAUACCUUAUAAUUGGCAGUUUAGAAAUAUGAGAUCAAGAACAAGUUUUGGAUCUGAUGUGAAAGAUAUACAAAAUUAUCCUUAUGAAUUAGGGUGGCCAACAUCACAAAAUUAGUAUUGGGUAUUCUAGUUUCUAAACUUAGCUUCAGAAAAACUAAUAGCUAUGUCACAGAAUAUGCAAAAUUUUAACAUUUAAUCAUAAUUUAUGAAUGGCAUAUGGGAAUUCGCCCAUACAUAAAUGGAUUCAAUAUCGAAUCCAAGAUCGUUUAACAAUUUUACAACCAUGCAAGUAAAGCAGUUUGUUUGCCAUUGUUAUGCGAGGCAGCGAGCGGAAGGUACGGUCGUCUAUUUAUUUAAAACACAGCAUUAUUAUAUAUAAUAAAAGGGUGAACAGUUGUCCAGCUUUCAGUUGACCUUAUUCUUGAUGGUGGCUCUCUAUAUUAUUAUCAGAGGGCAGUACAAUAUGCUAUGAUUUACACGAAAGCUAUGAUUUACACGAAUCGGAGGUGCUAAGAUAUCACAGGACUUCCGAUUUAAUUUGUUUAUCGUUUUAGGAUUCAGGGGGAAUGUCACGGCCACUUCGACCGAUGCAUUUUUGCUGACCUGUUUCAGUUUAGAGAACGAGUAGCAGUCAUAGAAAGUCAUACUCAGACUAUAUUUUUAUUUCAAUAAAAUAUUUGGAUAAUAUAACUAUAUUUGUAUUUCAAUAUUGUGUCUCCUAUUUCACUUUUUUGAAUUAAAAUGAUAAUGUGAUGGCACCUGCCAUAAUACAUUAGCACUAUAACAGGACUUAUUUCAUCUUGUGGGAAGGGUAUAGAAAUGAA